AAACAGCUGAAAUUAUUUUGCCUUUCUAGAUUUUGAUUAGUUUUCCCUAUUCCAUGAAGGAUUCCUCUUCAUCCUCCAACCACCGCCACCCGCCGCCGCCGCCGCAGCCGCCUGGUGGCCAUACACCGUACCACCAUUACCACAAUCACCGCCCCAGCUACCCAAACACCUACCGUCCUAGUAUUCAGGCUGUGAAUAACCAACACUACCGCCGCCGUUUUCCUCUGGCUCCAGCCACCACCGUUGGUUCCGUAUGUUCCAACGUCCUCCGCCGCCCAAACUUCAUAAUUCAACUCCUCCACGAUCAUUCCCCCUCCCCUUCUGAACCCAACAACCUCCAGACUCUUAUUUCCCAACACGACCCAUCCCCCGAAAGCUCCCACAUCUUCACCGCCGGGAAAGUCGCAGCUUCUCUAACGUUCCGAGAAUGGAACGAAACCCUCUCUUCAGUUCUUCAUCUCUGGCGUUCCCGCUUUGAUGGGUUCCACCAUUAUACUCCAGAGCUUAUUUGCAACAUCAUAGUGCCUUCCGAUGCGGUGGAACUCGAACAAAACCUUAAAACCCUUUUCUCGAGCCAUAUUACGGGAUUGAUGGAAGGGGAAUUGGUUAAGAAGUGGCAGAAGAAAAUCAACGAAAAAUCCGAUGAGAUCGCUCAGUUGUCAAGACAGAUGGGUAAGAGGAAUUAUUCGUAUAUAAGGUUUUAUGAGUUGAAUGACACGAAGAAAGCUUUAAUGGCGGAGAGAUUGACAAUUUCAAAGCGGUUGAAGGAGUUUAAGGGAGGGAUGGCGAGCUUGUUGAAGUGUUUGGAAGAUGGGGAGAUAAUAGGGAAUGUGGAAGAUGAUAAAGGUGUGGAGGUUUUCAGGGUUGAAGGAGAGCUUGAUUGGAAGAGAAUUCAUCUGCUGAUUUUGAGGGAAUGUAGGAGGUUGGAAGAUGGUUUGCCUAUUUAUGCUCACAGACGAGAGAUUCUUACUAGAAUACAUGGGGAACAGAUCAUGGUUUUGAUUGGAGAGACUGGUUCAGGAAAGAGCACCCAGUUGGUUCAGUUUCUUUCUGAUUCAGGAAUCGCUGCAAAUGAGUCAAUUGUAUGUACUCAGCCACGAAAGAUUGCUGCCAUCUCAUUAGCAAAAAGAGUCAGAGAAGAAAGCAUUGGGUGUUACAAUGAUAAUUCAGUCAUUUGUUGUCCAACAUUUUCUUCUGCUCAGCAGUUUGAUUCGAAGGUAAUAUAUAUGACUGACCACUGUUUACUGCAGCAUUAUAUGAAUGAUAGGAAUUUGUCAGGGGUUUCUUGCAUCAUUGUUGAUGAGGCCCAUGAAAGAAGUUUGAAUACUGAUCUUCUCUUGGCCAUGCUUAAAGAUUUACUUGUCCGAAGAGUUGAUCUGAGGCUUGUGAUAAUGUCUGCAACAGCUAAUGCAAAUCAACUCUCAGACUACUUUUUUGGGUGUGGAAUCUUUCAUUUGGAGGGGAGGAACUUUCCUGUUGAUAUUAAAUAUGUUCCUUAUGUAACGGAGGGAACUUCCAGUUAUGGUAUGGUUCCUACAUAUGUUUCUGAUGUCUUGAGGAUGGCUGCUGAGGUUCACAAAACAGAGAAAGAAGGGAAUAUUCUUGCCUUUUUGACUUCCCAGAUGGAAGUAGAAUGGGCUUGUGAUCAUUUUGAAGCUCCAAAUGCGGUUGUGUUACCAUUGCACGGGAAGCUAUCCUUUGAAGAGCAAUGUCAUGUUUUCCAUGACUACCCUGAGAGAAGAAAAAUUGUAUUUGCAACAAAUAUUGCAGAGACAUCGCUUACAAUUCCUGGAAUCAAGUAUGUGAUUGAUUCUGGUAUGGUAAAGGAGAGUAAAUUUGAACCCGGCACUGGAAUGAAUGUUCUCAAAGUCUGCUGGAUCAGCCAGAGUUCUGCCAAUCAACGAGCUGGUCGUGCUGGGAGGACAGAACCAGGAAGAUGCUACAGACUAUUCACAGAAAGCGAUUUUGAGUUAAUGGCCCCUAAUCAGGAGCCCGAGAUUCAUAGAGUUCAUCUUGGUACUGCAGUUCUGAGGAUCCUUGCUUUGGGAAUCAAGAAUGUUCAGAGUUUUGAUUUUGUUGAUGCACCUAGUCCUAAAGCCAUUGACUUGGCAACUAGGAAUCUUGUCCAGUUGGGAGCCAUUGUGGAAAAGAAUGGGGUUUUUGAAUUAAGUGAUGAAGGACGACACUUGGUAAAAUUGGGGAUUGAGCCUCGUCUUGGUAAACUAAUUCUCCGUUGCUUUCAUUGUGGCCUGCGUAGGGAGGGCCUUGUUCUUGCUGCUGUUAUGGCAAAUGCCAGUAGCAUAUUUUGCAGGGUGGGAAGUGAUAAUGAUAAAGCGAAAGCUGAUUGUCUUAAGGUGCAAUUUUGCCACCGCAAUGGUGAUCUCUUCACUCUGCUCUCUGUGUACAAGGAAUGGGAAGCUCUUCCUUCCGAUAGGAAAAAUAAAUGGUGCUGGGAAAACCGCAUAAAUGCUAAAUCAAUGCGUAGAUGCCAAGACACAGUCUUUGAAUUGGAAAAUUGUCUUAAAAAGGAGCUUGCUUUUAUUAUUCCAAGUUACUUAAUAUGGGAUCCUCAUAAGUCCACUGAGCGAGAUAAAAUUUUGAAGGCUAUUAUACUUUCUUCCCUUACUGAAAAUGUAGCCAUGUAUUCUGGACAUGAUCAACUUGGUUAUGAAGUGGCAUUGACUGGGCAGCAUGUUCAACUGCAUCCUUCAUGUUCAUUGCUGAUAUUUGGUGAGAAGCCAAGUUGGGUUGUCUUCGGUGAACUGUUAUCUGUCAACAAACAGUAUUUGGUCUGUGUAACUGCUUUUGAUUUUGAAUCUUUGGCUACCCUAGAUCCUCCACCCUUGUUUGAUGCAUCUUUGAUGGAAGGACGGAAGUUGGAAGUGAAGGCAAUAACCGGUUUUGGUAGUACUCUGUUAAAAAAAUUCUGUGGGAGAUCUAACCACAGCCUUCAAUGUCUUUCAUCACGGAUUAGGACAGCUUGUAUGAAUGAGUGGGUUGGUGUUGAAGUCAAUAUUGACCAGAAUGAGAUUCUUCUGUUUGCCUCAUCAGUGCACAUGCAGAAGGUUCUGGACUUUGUAACUGAGGUUCUUGAAUGUGAAAAGAAAUGGUUGCUUAAUGAAUGCAUAGAGAAAUCUGUAUUUCAUGGACGAAGAGCCUCACCAUCUAUGGCACUUUUUGGAGCUGGUGCAGAGAUCAAGCAUCUUGAAGUUGACAAAAGAUAUUUGACUGUUGAGGUAUUCCAUUCAGAUGUUAAUGCCUUCUAUGAUAAGGAGCUUUUGAUGUUCUUUGAGGAGAAUUCUAAUGGCAGUAUUUGUUCGGUCCAUAAAUCUCAACCCAGUGGGCAGGAAGCGAAUGACAAGGAAAAAUGGGGCAAGAUAACGUUCCUAACUCCUGAUGCUGCCAGAAGAGCUGCUGAGCUGGACGGGGUCAAUUUUGCCGGCUCUGCAUUGAAGGUACUUCCUUCACAGACAUCCUUUGGGGGGGAUCAUAAAAUGUUCUCUUUCCCUGCUGUCAAAGCUAAAGUUCAUUGGCCUCGUAGGGUCAGUAAAGGAUUUGGAAUCGUUAAAUGUAAUCUGGUUGAUGUUGGGGCUAUUUUGGAUGAUUUCUCUCGUCUGGUAAUAGCUGGAAAAUAUGUUCGUUGCGAAGUUAGCAGGAAAUCUAAUGAUUCUAUUCUGAUAUAUGGAAUUGAUAAAGAGCUUUCUGAAGCUGAAAUCCGGGAUACACUAUGUUUGGAAACAGAAAGGAAAAUCCAUGAUUUUUUUCUCGUGAGAGGAGAUGCCGUGGAAAAUCCAACUUGUGGUGCCUGUGAGGAAGCACUCCUCAGAGAAAUAUCCCCCUUUAUGUCUAAAGGGAAUCCCUAUACUAACUGUUGUCAGGUUCAGGUUUUUGAGCCUGAACCAAGGGAUACUUUCAUGAGGGCGUUGAUUACCUUUGAUGGAAGAUUACAUUUGGAGGCUGCAAAAGCUUUAGAACAGCUAGAAGGUAAAGUAUUACCUGGAUGUCUUUCAUGGCAGAAGAUAAGAUGCCAGCAACUGUUUCAUACUUCUAUAUCUUGCUCUUAUUCUGUCUAUGCCGUUAUUAAGAAGCAGCUUGAUUCUUUGCUAGGGAGCUUCAGACAUGUAAAAGGUGCAGAUUUCUUCCUAGAGGAAAAUGAAAAUGGUUCCUGUCGGGUUAGAAUAUCCGCCAAUGCCACCAAAACUGUGGCAGAGUUGAGAAGGCCGGUGGAAGAGCUAAUGAAUGGAAGGACUGUAAAACAUGCCAGCCUCACUCCUUCCAUAUUGCAGCACCUGUUCUCUAGAGAUGGCAUUAAUCUAAUGAGAUCAUUGCAACGAGAGACAAGAACCUAUAUAUCUUUCGACCGGCAUAGUCUCAAUGUGAGAAUCUUUGGCAAUUCCGAUGCUGCUGCUGUAACCGAGCAAAAAUUGAUUCAAUCCCUUUUGUCCUACCACGAGAGCAAGCAGCUUGAGGUUCGACUUCGAGGUCAGGGCCUGCCUCCUGAUAUUAUGAAGCAAGUGGUUAAAAGUUUUGGGCCAGACCUUCAUGGGCUCAAAGAGAAGAUACCUGGGGCUGAAUUUACUCUCAACACCCGACUUCAUAUCAUUUCUAUUCGUGGUGACAAAGAGAUGAAGCAAAAAGUAGAAGACAUUGUCCUGGAGAUUGCCAAAGCAGGCAGAGAUUUAGCUGAGAGAUCUGGUAGUGAAGUCAUCUGCCCCAUUUGCUUGUGUGAAGUAGAAGAUGGUUACCGUCUCGAAGGAUGUUCACAUCUCUUUUGUCGUCUAUGUUUGGUGGAGCAAUGCGAAUCCGCCAUUAGAAACUUGGAUAGUUUUCCUGUAUGCUGUGCUCACCAUGAUUGUAAAGCUCCCAUUUUGCUUACUGAUUUAAAGUCUCUGCUGUCGACUGAGAAGUUAGAGGAACUCUUCAGGGCCUCUUUGGGUGCAUUUGUUGCAUCCAGUGGUGGUGCCUAUCGGUUUUGCCCUUCUCCUGAUUGCCCCAAUGUUUAUCGCGUUGCAGGUCCUAACACUUCGGAUGAGUUAUUUGUCUGUGGAGCAUGUUAUGCCGAGACUUGUACUCGGUGCCAUCUUGAAUAUCAUCCGUAUGUGUCAUGUGAGAAGUACCAAGAGUUCAAGGAAGACCCUGAUUCUUCUUUGAAAGAGUGGUGCAAGGGGAAAGAUCAGGUACAAACUUGCCCCGUAUGCGGAUACACAAUCGAGAAGAUCGAUGGGUGCAACCACAUCGAAUGCAAGUGUGGGAGGCAUGUUUGCUGGGUAUGUUUAGAGUUCUUUAGCAGCAGUGACGAUUGUUAUAGCCAUUUGAGAGCUCUUCACAUGGCCAUCAUCUAAUUUUUAAACUAUUGCUUACAGUUCGACAAUCAUCCAUGUAAAUAUAUAUCGUGUAUAUAUAUAUGUAUAUACGGGUCGGCUCCGAUACCGGCUCUUGUAAAUGAUUUUCAAACCCAUUCACAUUUACU